AUGGGAGACGGAAGACAAAGGCGCAGAUGGGAGUACUGGUGCGUUGCUCUGCGUUUCUCUUUGCUGCUGUGGUUCGGAGAGCAGGUUUCGGCACAGAUAAGGUACUCUAUUCCAGAGGAGGUGAGAGAGGGAUCCGUUGUUGGAAAUGUUGCUAAGGAUUUGGGUGUUGACGUCAGUAGUUUGGUGGAGAGGCGGUUUCGUAUCGUUUCUGAAUCUGAUGACGCUCUUUUCCAAGUUAAUCAGAACAAUGGCAUCUUGUAUGUUUAUAAGAAUAUCGACAGAGAGGAGCUUUGUAUCGGAAAUGUUGCUUGUGUGAUAGAUCUAGAGAUCAUUGUUGAAAACCCGUUGGAAGUCCAUUAUGUAGGUGUAGAGAUAACAGACAUAAACGACUAUACACCCAGCUUCUCUGAAAAAGAUGUACACAUCAACAUAGCUGAGCAUAAACUGCCAGGGGCUCGUUUUGAACUCCAGACUGCGCGUGAUUUGGACUCUGGAAUAAAUUCAGUACGUUCCUAUAAAUUAAAUAAAAAUGAACAUUUUGAUUUAGAGCUCCGUGAUAGCGGGGAAGGUGAUAAAAUCCCAUUUUUGGUUUUACAGAAAGCCUUAGAUAGGGAACAGAAGACCAAACAUGUAUUACUAUUGACAGCAUUGGAUGGGGGGAAUCCGCCUAGAACAGGUACUCUGAACAUCACUGUCACAGUUCUUGACACAAAUGAUAAUCAACCUGUAUGUAGCCAAGACGUCUACUCAGUGACGUUACAGGAAAAUGCUGAUAUCGGUAGGAUUGUAGUAAGGGUUAACGCAACUGAUACAGACCAUGGAUCAAAUGGAGAAGUUGAAUAUACACUUGGUAGGAAUUUAAAGCGUGGAGUUUAUGAAAUAUUUGAACUGGAUAGCCUUACUGGAGAAAUUCGGGUUAAAGGCCCAGUAGAUUUCGAGGAAAAUGAGGUGUACAGGUUAAAUAUAGAGGCGUCUGAUAAAGGCCAACCUCCACUGACUGUUGAUUGUCGAGUUAUUAUAAAGAUAAUUGAUGUCAAUGACAAUAAACCAUAUAUUGGUGUAACAUCCCUCUCUAAUAUGGUGUUUGAAGAUUCAAAACCAGGAACUGUUAUUUCUCUCAUCAGUGUGACAGAUAAAGACUCUGGUAUUAAUGGUAAAGUCCUUGCUAGUAUAUCUAAUGACGUGCCAUUUGAGUUAAAGCCAUCAUAUAAAGACAACGUAUAUUCUAUAGUCACAAAGGCGCGUUUAGACAGAGAACUCGUGUCCCAUUAUGAUAUCACAAUAACAGCCACCGACUGUGGUCAGCCUCCUUUGUCCACAUUCAAAACUCUGAUUGUCCAGAUAUCAGAUGUGAACGAUAACAGCCCCAAAUUCUCCCAAAACCCUCUUGAGCUGUACUUAGUGGAGAAUAACGCCCCUGGUGCGUCCAUAUUCUCUGUAAGAGCCUCUGAUAAAGACUUACAUGAAAAUGCAGCCAUUUCAUAUCACAUUGUUAGAGGUGAAGGGAAACAAAAUGUUAUGUCAUCUUUCCUGAAUAUUAAUUCUGAUAAUGGACAUAUUUCCGCGCUAAAAAGCUUUGACUUUGAAACCCUCAAAACAUUCCAAUUCCAAGUUGUAGCUACAGACUCUGGAACUCCGUCACUAAGCAGCAACGUCACAGUAAACAUGUUCAUUCUGGAUCAGAACGACAACGCUCCAGUGAUCUUGUAUCCAGUCAGUGCUAAUGGUUCCGCUGAAGGCGUGGAGGAGAUUCCCCGCAAUAUGAUCGCAGGCCAUUUGGUGACUAAAGUGAGAGCCUAUGAUGCUGACAUAGGAUAUAACGGCUGGUUAUUAUUUUCACUGCAGGAAGUUACUGACCACAGUCUAUUUGCUUUGGACCGCUAUACAGGACAGAUAAGGACACUUCGGACAUUCACAGAGACAGACGAGGCUGAGCAUAAACUGGUCGUACUGGUAAAAGACAACGGAAACGUUUCACUCUCAGCAACAGCUACUGUGAUUAUCAACGUUGUGGAGCCCAAAGAGGCUUAUGCAGCUUCUGAUGUUAAAAGCGCAGUAAAGGACGACGAUGUGAAUAGUGUUACAUUUUAUUUGAUAAUAACUUUGGGGUCAGUUUCAGCACUUUUUCUCAUCAGUAUCGUCGUGUUGAUUAUAAUGCAGUGCUCCAAAGCCCCAGACUAUUCCUCCAAGUAUUUACAAGAUGCGAAUUACGACGGGACACUGUGCCACAGCAUCCAGUACAGAUCCGGAGACAAACGGUACAUGUUAGUUGGACCCAGAAUGAGUAUAGGUUCUACUAUAGUCCCGGGCAGCAAAGGGAAUACUCUAGUGCUACCCGAACACAGGAGGAGAGCUUCUGGAGAGGUAAGUACUGUUUCUGAGCAUGAAACUUUGAAAGCAUAUUGCUGGUUAUUUGAAUGUAUUUAUCUUGCGUAAUCAAAUGUAUGACUGAAGAUUAAGCGGUUGCUGUCUGCCCUGAUGGUGCUGAACUGGUGAUUAAUCGCUUGCGAUUGUUUUUUUUUGUUUAUAUGGGCAUGAGAUAUGCUGAUAUUUGAAACAGUUGACUGACUAGUCAUAAACUAGGUCCCAACAAGACUGGUUAGUGUAAUACCCCUGUCUACAAACUACUUUUCUGUGCGUAAUGGAGGAGAACUGAACUCGUUCAUGCAACUGCUGUCCAUUCCUGUGGUGCUGAUUUACAAGAUAAUUGUUUUUCUUUGCAAUCGGGUAUUUACUAUGUCUGUCUUUUACAUCUGUAUUCCUCCACAUCCAUAUAGUCCCAAACUUUUUCAUUUUACUCCCACUAAACCUUUCCUCGUCCCACGCAUGUAACUGUAGUAUAGUGCUGGUUCAUUUGCUGAUGCUAAUACAGAAAGGUAUAAUCAUUCUAGAGCCGUAUGUACUUAUGGCAAGCAGUAGAUCGGUCCGAAAGGUGUCAGUGUAACACAAGGAGACUUGCUGGUACUUUUAUACUAGGCCCUGCCCCUCUCAGGGCUGUUUUGUUCCCCACAGAUAAAGAGAGAGUCGUGUGGACAUCAGAUCAAGCCGUGCUAUUUCAGACAAAUACUAUUUUGUUGUUUUUCGUUUGCUGAACCGUUUAGCAGGUGCUUUUAUCCAAAGCGACUUACAGUCAUGUGUGCACACAUUUUUACGUAUGGGUGGUCCCGGGGAUCGAACCCACUACCCUGGCGUUACAAGCGCCUUGCUCUACCAAUUGAGCUAAAGAGGACCACAAAAUUCUUUACGACUUUGCCAUCUGAUCAUUAGGAUUGUAAUUUCUCAUUGACAACUGGGUUUGAUUCCAAACCAGAAGUGUUGUCUCUUAGGAGAUGUACCCAUUGAGUUAAAACCCUCCUUUCAGGAUAACAUGUAUUCUUUAGUGACCAAAAAGCGUUUGGAUCGUGAACUCGUGUCCCAUUAUGACAUCACAAUAACAGCCACCGUCUGUGGUCAGCCUCCUCUGUCCACAUUCAAAACUCUGAGUGUCCAGAUAUCAGAUGUGAACGAUAACGGGCCAGAAUUCUCCCAAAACCCUCUUGAGCUGUACUUAGUGGAAAAUAACGCCCCCGGUGCGUUCAUACUCUCUGUAAGCGCCACUGAUAAAGACUUGAAUGAAAAUGCUGCGAUUUCAUAUCACAUUGUUAGAGGUGAAGGGACACGGAAUGAUAUGGCAUCAUUUCUGAAUAUCAAUGCUGAUAAUGGACUCAUUUCCACGCUAAAAAUCUUUGACUUUGAAACCCUCAAAACAUUCCAAUUCCAAGUUGUAGCUACAGACUCUGGAACUCCGUCACUAAGCAGCAACGUCACAAUAAACGUCUUCAUUCUGGAUCAGAAUGACAACGCUCCAGUGAUCUUGUAUCCAGUCAGUGCUAACGGUUCCGCUGAAGGUGUGGAGGAGAUUCCCCGCAAUAUGAAUGCAGGCCAUUUGGUGACUAAAGUGAGAGCCUAUGACGCUGAUAUAGGAUAUAAUGGCUGGUUAUUAUUUUCACUGCAGGAAGUUACUGACCACAGUCUCUUUGCUUUCGACCGCUACACAGGACAGAUAAGGACACUUUGGUCAUUCACAGAGACAGACGAGGCUGAGCAUGAACUGGUCAUACUGGUAAAAGACAAUGGAAACGUUUCACUCUCAGCAACAGCUACUGUGAUGAUCAACGUUGUUGAGCCCAAAGAGGCUUUUGCAGCUUCUGAUGUUAAAAGCGCAGUAAAAGACGUUGAGGAGAACAUCAUUACAUUUUUUGGAUCAUUACUUUGGGGUCAGUUUCAGCGCUUUUUCUCAUCAGUAUCGUCGUGUUGAUUAUAAUGCAGUGCUCCAAAGCUCCAGACUAUUCCUCCAAGUAUUUACAAGAUGCGAAUUAUGACGGGACACUGUGCCACAGCAUCCAGUACACAUCCGGAGACAAACGGUACAUGUUAGUUGGACCCAGAAUGAGUAUAUGUUCGACUAUAGUCCCGGGCAGCAAUGGGAAUACUCUAGUUGUACCCGAACACAGGAGACGUGCGUCUGGAGAGGUAAACUCUGUGCAUGUAUAAUUACUUGUGUUUGUUGGUCGCUUAUAUGGGUGUGUUUACAAGAUAUGCUGAUCUCUCCCUUCAAGUAGUUUAGUAGCCAUAACCAGGUCCCAACAUGAUUCAAUUGUCUACAAACAGGUUUUCUGUGCAUAAGGUACAUAGUAUGUGGUUGCUGUCCACUCUAGUGGUGCUGAAUUACACAUUCAUUGUUUUCGUUGAAAGCUCGACUCUGCCUUCCUAUUUGAAUGUGUACUCCACUAUAUCAACUUAGUAUCCUACUGUUCCAUUUAAUUUUAUUCUUCCUCAUCCUUUCUUCAUCCGUUGACUAUGCCUUUAAAGUGACCCAAUGCAACUGGGGCUUCUAGCAAUACAAAAAGCUGCAACCGAAUUAAUUAUACAAUACUAUAUUCUCAUGUAGACUACGCAUCAGACAGGAGCUUGGACCGCAGGGUGUCAGUGUAACACAAGGAGACUGUCUGGUAUUUACUCUUAGACUAGGCUCUGCCCCUCUCUGGGCUGUUUUGUUCUACACAUACAGAGAGAGUAGUGCAGACAUCAGAACAAGACGUGCCAUGUCAGAGAAGGCUUUAAUUGUUUACUGACUGAGUAGUUGAAUUCAGUAUGGAUCAUUGCGAGUUGGUCAUCCGAUCAUUAGGAUUGUAUUUUUUUCAUUGAGGACCGUGUUUUUGUUCCUCUGUUUAAAGAUGGGAGACGGAGGACAAAGGCGCAGAUGGGAGUACUGGUGGGUUGCUCUGCGUUUCUCUUUGCUGCUGUGCUUCGGAGAGCAGGUUUCAGCACAGAUAAGGUACUCUAUUCCAGAGGAGGUGAGAGAGGGAUCCGUUGUUGGAAAUGUUGCUAAGGAUUUGAGUCUUGACGUCAGUACUUUGGUGGAUAGACGGUUUCGUAUUGUUUCUGGAUCUAAGGACGCUCUUUUCCAGGUUAAUCAGAACAAUGGCGUCUUGUAUGUUCAUAAGAAUAUAGACAGAGAAGUGCUCUGUGAUGGCAAUAGUGCUUGCAUGAUAAACCUGAAAUUCGUUGUUGAGAAUCCUUUAGAAAUACAUUAUGUAGGGAUAGAGAUAAGUGAUGUGAACGACCAUUCACCCAGUUUCUCAGAGAAAGAACAGCAUUUGGAAAUAGCAGAAUCUACUCUGCCAGGCACCGGUUUCCAGUUACAGGCAGCACGUGAUCCAGAUUCCGGAAUGAAUUCUGUUCAUUUAUAUAAAUUAAGCCAUACUGAAUAUUUUGAUCUGGAGCUGCGGGACACUGGAGAAGAAGGAAAAAUCCCUGUUUUGAAAUUACAUAAACCUCUCGAUAGGGAACGUGAGAGCAACCAUAUUUUAGUUUUAACGGCCAUCGAUGGCGGUAACCCGCCAAGAUCAGGGCAUGUCAACAUUUCAGUCACUGUUCUUGAUAAUAAUGACAACAGACCUAUUUUCAGCCAAGACGUGUAUUCGGUGACAAUACAGGAAAAUGUUGCAGUUGGAACAAUUGUUGCUAAAGUUAUUGCUACCGAUUUGGACGACGGUGUUUAUUCUGAAAUUAUCUAUUCAUUCGUGAAAAACCUAAAAAGAAAAGUAUAUGAUACUUUUAGCUUAGAUUCCAAUACCGGUGAAAUAUCAGUGAAAGGUAAUAUCGACUUCGAGGAUACUGAAGUUUACAGAGCUGAUGUUAUGGCAUCAGAUAAAGGACAGCCACCUAUGAGGACAGAUUGUAGGGUGAUUAUCAAGAUAAAAGAUGUAAAUGAUAAUAAACCUGAAAUAGAGGUAACAUCUCUUUCUAAUAUGGUCUCAGAAGAUUCAAAACCAGAGACUGUUAUUUCUCUAAUAAGUGUAACUGACAAAGACUCCGGCAUUAACGGUAAAGUCAUGUGCAGUCUGUCAGAAGAUGUACCUUUUGAAUUGAAACCUUCAUUUCAAAAUAACAUGUACUCUUUAGUUACGAAACAGUGUUUAGAUCGAGAACUAUUGUCCCAUUAUGACAUCACAAUAACAGCCACUGACUGUGGUCAGCCUCCUCUGUCCACAUUCAAAACUCUGAGCGUCCAGAUAUCAGAUGUGAACGAUAACAGCCCAGAAUUCUCCCAAAAUCCUCUUGAGCUGUACUUAGUGGAGAAUAACGCCCCUGGUGCAUCCAUAUUCUCUGUAAGCGCCACAGAUAAAGACUUGAAUGAAAAUGCUGCGGUUUCAUAUCACAUUGUUAGAGGAGAAGGGACACAGAAUGUCAUGGCAUCUUUCCUGAAUAUCAAUUCUGAUAAUGGACAUAUUUCCGCUCUAAAAAGCUUUGACUUUGAAACCCUCAAAACAUUCCAAUUCCAAGUUGUAGCUACAGACUCUGGAACUCCGUCACUAAGCAGCAACGUCACAAUAAAGGUGUUCAUUCUGGAUCAGAACGACAACGCUCCAGUGAUACUGUAUCCAGUCAGCGCUAACGGUUCCGCUGAAGGUGUGGAUGAGAUUCCCCGCAAUGUGAAGGCUGGCCAUUUGGUGACUAAAGUGAGAGCCUAUGACGCUGAUAUAGGAUAUAACGGCUGGUUACUAUUUUCACUGCAGGAAGUUACUGACCACAGUCUCUUUGCUUUGGACCGCUACACAGGACAGAUAAGGACACUUCGAUCAUUCACAGAGACAGACGAGGCUGAGCAUAAACUGGUCAUACUGGUAAAAGACAAUGGGAACGUUUCACUCUCAGCAACAGCUACUGUGAUUAUCAACGUUGUGGAGCCCAAAGAGGCUUUUGCAGCUUCUGAUGUUAAAAGCGCAGUAAAAGACGAGGAGGAGAACAGCGUUACAUUUUAUUUGAUCAUAACUUUGGGGUCAGUUUCAGCACUUUUUCUCAUCAGUAUUAUCUUGUUGAUUGUAAUGCAGUGCUCCAAAGCCCCAGACUAUUCCUCCAAGUAUUUACAAGAUGCGAAUUACGACGGGACACUGUGCCACAGCAUCCAGUACAGAUCCGGAGACAAACGGUACAUGUUGGUUGGACCCAGAAUGAGUAUAGGUUCUACUAUAGUCCCGGGCAGCAAUGGGAAUACUCUAGUGCUACCCGACCACAUGAGAAGAGCUUCUGUUGAGGUAAGAGCAGUUUCUAAGCAUUUCAACAGUUAAAGUUUUUUGUAUAUAAAGUAUCGUGUUGGUCAUUUGACUUGAUUUUCUGGUUCAUUGGAAUGUCUUUAACGUGCUUAAUGAAUUAUAGGCUGCUGACUCGGUCGCUGUCUACCUCGGUGGUGCUGAAUCAACAGCUCACUUGUUAUAUGUAUGUGUUGGAGUCCAUCUCAGUCUCUCUUUCCCUUUACACAUUUUCUACAUUCUUUGACUGCUACGACAUAAUUCUUGCAACUAGAAAACAGACAAUAACUCCAAGUUUAUAAAGUUAUAGAAUCUGAAUCCCGGACCACAGGAUGUCAGUGUAAUAAAAUUUGACUGUUGGUAGUUUAGGCCCUGCCCCUCUGGUCUGUCCCCCCCCCCCACACACACACAUACAGAGAGAGUGGGGCGGACAUAAGAACAAGACGUGCUCUGAUGGCCAGAUAAUACAUGUAUAUUUUUUCGGUGCUUAAUACUUGGAUUCAGUAGGCCUAUGGAUCAUUACGAGUCGGUCAUCUGAUCACUAGGAUUUCAUUUUUUCAUUGAGGAUUGUGCAUAA